AUGGUACUACGCCUCACGAAUUUUUGUGGAAGACCAAACCGUCGCUCGGACACAUGCGUGUUUUUGGAUCGCGCGGCUGUGUGUAUGUCGACCAAGCAAACAACCGAUGAAGGCGAUGGCAUGGAAGUAGACGACGCGAACAAUACUGAUGAUGUUACUUCGGACCAAGUGGUUGAUCCAGUUUUCGAUCCAUCGUCAUCUCGCCUAGAUACUCUUGGCAAGGAGGGGAAUUAG